AUGCAGGUGAAGAAGUACCUGCUGAAGUGCCUGCACCGGCUGCAGAAGGGCCCUGGCUACACCUACAAGGAGCUGCUGGUGUGGUACUGUGACAACACUAACACCCAUGGCCCCAAGCGUAUCAUCCGUGAGGGGCCCAAGAAGAAGGCCAUGUGGUUCCUGAUCACGCUGCUCUUCGCCUCCCUCGUCUGCUGGCAGUGGGGCAUCUUCAUCAAGACCUACCUGGACUGGGAGGUCAGCGUCUCCCUCUCCAUGGGCUUCAAGGCCAUGGACUUCCCUGCCGUCACCAUCUGCAAUGCCAGCCCCUUCCAGAACUCCAAGGUCAAGCACUUGCUGAAGGACUUGGACGAGCUGAUGGAGGCCGUGCUGGAGAGCAUCCUGGCUCCCGAGCCACGCCAGGCCAACACCACCAAUACCACCAAGACCCUGAACCUCACCCUGUGGAAUUACAUGCCCCUGGUCUUGAUCGACGAGCAUGACCCACAGCACCCUGUGGUCCUGGACCUCUUUAGCCAUGACCAAGACGGCUUGGCCAUCAGCAACCCAGCGCCAGGACAGACCUGCAAUGCCCAGGGGUGUAAAGUAGCCAUGAGAUUAUGUAGUCUCAACGGGACUGUGUGCACCUUCCGGAACUUCACCAGCGCUACCCAGGCAGUGACCGAGUGGUAUGCCCUGCAGGCCACCAACAUCUUCUCACAGGUGCCACGCGGGCAGCUGGAACAGAUGGGCUCGUCAGCUGAGCGGAUGAUCCUGGCCUGCCUGUUUGGGGCAGAGCCCUGCAACCACCGAAACUUCACAUCCAUCUUCUAUCCUGAUUAUGGCAACUGCUUCAUCUUCAACUGGGGCAUGACGGAGAAGGCCCUGCCCUCGGCCAAUCCAGGCACAGAGUUUGGUCUGAAGCUGAUCCUGGACAUUGGCCAGGAAGACUAUGUCCCCUUCCUGGCAUCCACGACCGGUGUCCGGCUCAUGCUGCACGAACAACGCUCCUAUCCCUUCAUCCGACAGGAGGGCAUUGAUGCCAUGUCGGGGACAGAGACGUCCAUUGGGUUCCUGGUGGAUAAGCUGCAGCGCAUGGGUGAGCCCUACAGCACAUGCACCAGGAACGGUUCUGACGUGCCCAUUCCAAACCUCUACAGCAGCUACAAUACCACCUACUCCAUCCAGGCCUGUCUUCACUCCUGCUUCCAAACCCACAUGAUCUACAACUGCCGCUGCGCCCACUACCUGUACCCUCUGCCCGCUGGGCAGCAAUACUGCAACAGCCAGGACUUCCCAGACUGGGUCUCUUGCUACUUGGGUCUACGGAUGAGCGAGGCCCAGAGGGAGACGUGCAUCCGCAUGUGCAAACAGUCGUGCAAUGACACUCAAUACAAGAUGACCAUCUCCAUGGCCGACUGGCCUUCUGAGGCCUCUGAGGAUUGGAUCUUCCAUGUGCUGUCUCAGGAGCGGGAUCAGAGCACCAACAUCACCUUGAGCAGGAAGGGAGUGGUCAAACUCAACAUCUAUUUCCAAGAAUUCAACUAUCGCACGAUUGAGGAGUCGGCCGCCAACAAUAUCGUCUGGCUGCUGUCCAAUCUGGGCGGCCAGUUCGGCUUCUGGAUGGGGGGCUCCGUACUGUGCCUCAUUGAAUUUGCCGAGAUCAUCAUCGACUUCGUGUGGAUCACCAUUAUCAAGCUGGUGGCGUUUGUCAAGGGCCUGCGGCAGAGGCGGGCCCAGGCCCGCUACGCUGGCCCGCCACCCACUGUGGCCGAGCUGGUGGAGGCACACAGCAACUUGGGCUUCCAACCAGAUGUUCCCAGUCCCAGCGGCCCCAGCAGCCUCCAAACCGAGACCUACUCCCAUGAGCAGGCUCCACCGAUCCCUGGCACCCCACCCCCCAACUAUGACUCCCUACGCCUGCAGCCACUGGACAUCAUGGAGUCUGAUAGCGAGGGUGAUGCUGUGUAG